UAUUUGUAAUUAUUUGUAACGCGUAUCACUUUUUCUUUUAUAAUAAUAGUCAAUUGAAAAUCAAAGUAGUAAAAGUGGUUAGCUUGCUGUGUUUCUGUUACAUCUUUUUAAAUGUUAUUAUCUUCAAAAUGACAGCUACUAAUGUAACACGGAUAUGUCUGCUGCGAAUCCUACAGAAUAUGAUUCGCAUGAUUUACAAUUUUACAAAUCAUAUCCUAUUGGAAAUUUUCAUCUAAGCAAAAUAAAAUUGAUAUGUUUACAACGAAUAGACGUUUUACUGCUUGUGGAGAAGAUAUAUAUGAAAAUUGGAUCUGGAAGGACAGCUCGUCAAUGUAAAAAAGUGUUAUUAAGUGAAUUGGAUAGAAACAAUUAUGAUUCAUUUUUCAAUAUUAUAAAUGGUCCUAGCAAAUUGACAAUACAGGAAAAAAUAACAUCUUUAAGAAUACUUGAUAAUGUUUCUCAUUUUAUUUUAAAAACACUUUGUCCUCCACAGCAUAAAAAAUGGCUUAUUAUUCAGGAACUAAAACUUUUUCUUUGGAAAUCGUCGACUUUUUCUGUCGAAGAGAUAAAAGAAUUUUGUAUCAUUAACAAUAUCCAAAUUAAUGGUAUUUCUGAAGAAGAGAAAAACGAUUUAGAAGAAUUUAUUAAAGUGAGUAAUUUAAAUAAAAGUAUGGAAUUUUACAAAGUACCAUUUCAAGAAGUUUUAGAUUUAGUUGCACAGCGCAGAGUUUUUCUUAGAAGUGGUAUUGCUUUUGUACCUGAAAAAGAAUUAGCCGGAUUAUGUUUUUGUUAUUUUAAAGAAAAUUUAUUAGCUGGGUACAACCCCAUAAUUUUAAAUGCAGAAGAUGCAGAAAUUGCAAGAAAUGUAAAAGAUGCAAACAUUGCACUCAUAGAUUUACAAUUAAAAGAAAUCUUUGAUACCAUCAAUAAUUAUCUUAUUAUGAAAAGGAAAUAUGCAAUACAAGUUUACAAUGGUCCAUCUGUAAAUGAAUUGGACUCUUUGUUAUCAUCGGCUUAUCCACUUUGUAUGAGAUGGAUUCAUGAAAAUUUAAGAAAAGAUCAUCAUCUUGAGCAUGGAGCACGUUUACAGUAUAUUUUAUUUUUAAGAAGUAUUGGAGUUUCUCUUCGAGAGGCUAUGCGUUUAUGGAAAGAAGAAUUUACUAAAAUAAUGAGUAUAAAAAGGUUUGAAAAAGAUCAUGCGUAUCGAUUAAAAUUUUUAUAUGGCGAAAAUAAAGCACACAAAAAUUACAAGUGUCAUUCAUGUGAGAAAAUUAUGAAUGUAGAAUUAAAACCAACAGAACGUUAUGGUUGUCCAUUCAAGACUUUAACAAAUGUGGCACUUAGAGAAAAAUUGAUCGAGUAUAAGUUUGAGUUUCCGGAUAUUGAAAAUAUUAUAAUUUUAUCAUCGUCGCAAAAUUAUCAAAGAGCAUGUAUGAAAUAUUGCGAAGCCACAAGUAAUCAUCUUAAAGAUAAAUCAUUUUGUUCUCCUGCAGAAUAUUUUCGCUAUGCUUAUAAUAAAAAUAACAAUAGUGAUGAUUUAUUUUAAUUAUGAUUCAUUUAAUAUAGUAAAAAGUUUAUG